UCUUUGCGUACAAUUUACGAACCAGACAAAGGUAUACACUAUACAUACAACAACUCAUUCACUCUCCUCAUUCACAACUCAUUCAAAAUUCAACUUCUCUUCAACAACUCUCAUCGGAUUCUCAACUUUAUCGCUCUCAGAGUAUAAUCAAUCAUGGAUGUGAAAGUGGCAAGGAGUAGUAGAACUGAACAAGUCAUCGGGAAAACAUGUUUUUAUUGGCUCGCUGGGAAAUGCAACAGAAAUCCUUGUAGGUUUCUUCAUAGUGUAGCACCAUCGACUGCUUCCUGCAAUGCUGCCAACGCUGGAUAUCAUAAUGCUGCAAGGAAGCGGCAUUACCCUUCACAAGGUGAAACGACAUCAUACCCGUCUUCUUGCAGAGCUGAUACUGGAUAUUAUAAUGCUGCAAAGAAGCACCAUUCGUCGUAUGUGUAUGAGAAGCCCCUUCCCAAACAUAACACGAAGGCUGCAUCGUAUGUGUAUGAGAAGCCCCUUCCCAAACCUAAUGCGAAUACAGUCUUGAAUAGAAAGAUUGGAGAUAACAAAGACACGACUCAAGUCGUUGAGGCUUCCCUUUCCAAACAUAAUACAAAGACUAUCUUGAAUAGAAAGACUGGAGAUGACAAAGCAAGUACAGAAGUUGCUGAGGCUUCCCUUCCCAAACAUAAUACUGAACCAGUCUUGAACAGAGAUGGGACAGAAGUAGAUGAAGUUUCUCAGAAGCCUUCACUGAGUAUCUGCAAAUACUGGGUGAAUGACAGUUGUGUUCAUGGUGAUCAGUGCCAGAAUUUACAUUCAUGGUUUUAUGGUGAUGGGUUUUCCUCAAUAGCAAAGCUUGAGGGACACAAGAAGCUUAUCACUGGAAUGACAAUUCCGGAUGGAUCAGACAAACUUUAUUCUGGCAGCACGGAUGGGACACUUCGGACAUGGGACUGCCGUACUGGUCAAUGUGUUGAUGUGACGAAUCUGGGCGCUGAAGUUACCUGUUUGAUCAGUGAGGGCCCAUGGAUUUUUGUUGGUAUGAAGGACAUUGUCAAGGCAUGGCAUAUUUCAAUUGCUGCACCUUUUACUCUUGAUGGACCUAAGGGACAAGUCCAUGCUAUGAUUGUUGCUAAGGAUACUCAUACACUCUUAGCUGGAGCAGAGGAUGGUGUAAUUUCUGCAUGGAGAGGCAGCUCCGAAGCCAAUUCCCCUUUUAAACUGGUUGCAUCACUAUGUGGCCACACUAAAUCUGUUGUUUGCCUAGCUGUUGGGGGCUCCAAGAUGUUGUAUUCAGGAUCCAAGGAUCAAACCAUUAAGAUUUGGGACCUUGACACAUUUGAGUGUACAAUGACACUCAAUGCACAUACAGAUGCAGUCACUUCCCUUAUUUGUUGGGACAAGUUCUUGUUAUCCGGUUCAUCUGACUGCACCAUCAAGGUCUGGUUUCAAAACGAAGCAGGGACUUUGGAAGUGGCAUAUUCACACAAUGUGGAAAAUGGUGUUGUUACACUCUCUGGGAUGACUGAUCCAGAAAAUAAGCCUAUAAUAUUCUGCUCAGCCGGAGAUAAUUCAGUUCACCUCUACGAACUGCCAUCAUUUGCAGAGAGGGGUAGACUGUUUGCAAAGGAAGAAGUUGGAUUAGUUGAUAUAGCCCCAGGCGGUCUCUUCUUCACUGGAGAAAGAACUGGUUUGCUGACAGUCUGGAAAUGGUUGGAAGAAUACAAGGUUGUGGCAUCCUCUUGAGUCAUGACAAAGUGGAUUCCUCUUUUGCUUCCACCACGAAUCAAUUUAUUUUUUUCCAUUGAUCAUUCAACAAUACUUGCAAAUGCAAGCAUGUAUAUAUUUAAACCGAGCAAUUCCAAUUCCAUUUUGCUCUUCUGCUAUUUGUUCAAUUUCAUUAUUGUAAAGAGCAGUUUAUAUACUAGAAAAUUGCAAUUCCAGUUUUUUCUCUUUCUGUUGGUGGCAAAAUGUAACUUAAAAUAGAAGUAAAAAUGUAGCUAGACUGUUCAAAAGCAAAAUACUACGAAACCGAAGGAGAAAUUUAGUUUUAUUUGAA